AUGUCUCGCGUGCUUCCUUGCCCUUCGUCGUCGCUCGCUGCAUUUCUUCUCUCCUCUAACCACUGCUUCUCAAAGUUAGUCUUUUUACUCUUUCAGAUUUGCCUCAGCCGCCGUUCCUCGUGUCUGAUUCUUCUCGUCACGCCCCUUCUUGCUCCUCCGACAUCUGCCGAAGGUGGAACGCGAUCAUCGCCGCAGCAGCAGCAGCAGCAACAGCAAGAAGACACGUUGUUCUGCUCGCCGCAGCCGCUAGUUUCCUCUGCGUGUGACCUCAAGCAAAAUGGCAGUAGUCGGGCGCCGUGCCGCAUGUUGCGCCUGUCUCCUCAGCGGUGUCAUCCUCCUAUCAGCGAUAGCCCUCUUCCGGCGCGACUCACUUUAUGUUCAGGCCACCACUGCAGACAACCUGCACAUCGACCAGGUAAGUUUGUGUCUCUGUCGGUCCGUUUUAUCCGUAACGUUUUGUUCUGUCACUCCAAUGAACGAGCUUCAUCCGCAUUCAUUCUGGCUCAGGAACUUUCUCGCCAGAAACCGAAAAUUUUCCUCUAA